AUGGCAGCGAUGGGUGACAGGACCUGGUCUGCAGCAUCGAGCGUAACCGCUCACAUCUCUCGCGUACCCUCCGCCACCGGCGAGGAGCAUCAGGCCCCUUCGCCCUCUACACCACCUACGACGACCUCAUCAAAACAAGAAGAUGCUAAAAACAAACUCACAGAUCAGACGAACCUCCUCCCACCCGCGCGCCUCAUCGCCGUGCUAUGCGGUGUCGCCUCCUGCGUGUUGGUGACCACGCUCGACUCGGUAGUGAUCGCCACCGGUCUCCCGCUCAUAUCACAAGCCUUCUCGGCUGGUUCGGUCAUUGCCUGGGUUCCCUCCGCCUACUUCCUCGCGUCGACGGCGUUCAUGCCCCUGUAUGGUCGACUGAGCGACAUUUUCGGCCGCAAGGCCGCCAUGGCCACCGGCAUGACCAUUUUUGUCCUUGGCGCACUCGGUUCGGGCUUCUCGAGGAACAUCAUGGAGCUCAUUAUCUGCCGAGCGAUAGCGGGCGCGGGUGGGGGUGGCAUCAUUAGUAUGGCGCAGAUUAUCAUAUCUGACGUUGUCACACUUCGAGAACGAGGCAAGUUUCAGGGUAUUAUCAUCGCCGUGAACGCUCUAGGCUUCGCGAUCGGGCCGCCUAUCGGAGGUGCGCUCUCGGAAAAGGUGUCAUGGAAGUGGUGCUUCUGGAUCAAUAUCCCUUACUCGGUCAUCGCGAUCACUAUCAUCACAUUUAUCCUUCCUUUCAAGCCUGUUCAGGGUAACAUGAAAGACAAAAUCAAGCGCAUCGACUACAUGGGCACGUUCCUCACCUUGGCUGGCUCGGUCAUGGUCCUUCUUCCGCUUACUUGGGGUGGUGUUUCGUAUUCCUGGUACUCCGGCCCUGUCCUCGGCCCUCUCAUCGGAGGCCUUGCUGUCAUUGUCUUAUUCUGCGUCUGGGAAGCGUAUGGUGCCCUGUUGCCCAUUAUCCCAAUGUACAUUUUCAAACACACGACGGUCGUUGGAGUUUACAUUGCCAUGUUUGCGAAUGGCUUUAUUUUCUAUUCAGCGAUGUAUUAUCUGCCUCAGUUCUUCCAAGUCGGGAUGGGUUGGUCACCGAUUCGCUCGGGUGUCUCCCUCCUGCCUCUUCUCCUUGCACAGGCAUUUUCCAGUUGGUCCACGGGUUUGAUGGUUAGCUGGACCGGCCGCUUCAGGGCACUCAUCUACACUGGUUUCACCGUCUGGACGAUCGGCUCGGGCUGCCUUAUGAUGCUGAGCUCUACGAUCAACCGGCCCGCGAUGUCGUUUUACAUGAUUCUAUCAGGUUUCGGUGCCGGCUUGACAAUGCAAACCACGACCGUGGCUGCCCAGGCUAGCGUGCCUCGCAAGGACAUGUCCGUAGUCACGGCCAUCCGGAACUUCGUACGCCUUCUCGGCGGUACACUCGGUCUCGCAAUUGGCUCCACUUUCAUUAACAAUGAGCUCCGUGACUCGCUCACCACCCUUGGCCUUUCGCCGUCGACUGUCUCGACCAUCGUCGACACACCAUCCCUGCUUAGCACGAAUGCUGCAGGCCUGACUGCUGAACAAACGUCCAUCGCGCUCGGGGGGUACACCAAGGGCAUACGCCUCCUAUUCGCGAUCAACACAGCGUGGUCGGCCUUCGCGCUCAUCGCGACUAUCUUCCUUAUCAAGCACCAGAACCUGACGCGCGGCGACGACGACCAGUAUAAGGACAAGGCUGUGAAACAAGAGCAGACCGACGCCGAGGCGAACCCUGGAUCCGCCUCAAUUUCCCGGGCUGUCACCCUGGCGGGCAGCGAGCUCGAGAAGGAGAAGGUUGUUGAGGAGAAGACAAUCGCGACCGCUGAUGUUUCGGAGGUGCCCAGUGCGGUAAACGGCAGCGCUGAGGAGGUUGUCAUCAACGAGGGUUCUUACGUCUUGAACCACAAUCACGAUGGAGACUCCGAUGUUGCGAGCACCCACGAACACCAGCAGGAUGUCGUCGACAGCCUAAACGGUGCAACCGGAACGGCUCGUCGGGACUGAUUUCGCAACGCUGAAUGCGAAGGUUUCUGAUUCAUACUACUCAUACCAGGAGGGACACAACUGAGCAGCGGGUUUUGUGCAAAAAGGCAAGGCCGCAAGGUGCGGCAUGGGCUCGGUUGGGUUCUGCAUUGCACAAGAAAUUAAUCCGGUGAUGGUGGCUUUUGCUUCUUGGGCGACGUGCCACAGCCGCCAUUCCAAUAAUCGCUGCCACAGUGGGGCCAGUUGACAUCUUAGCACUACAUUUGUAUAGAAGGAGAUCUAUACAGAUACCCAUGCGCUGAUUACUUAUAUCUUUCUUCACGAUGCCGUGGCACGAGUCUGACGAGUAUAUAGAACACACAACUAGCAUGUAUCGUUGAUUUUUUUUUCCUUUUCUUUUGAGGACAUCUUUUCCUACUCUUAUGUUUACGAAUAUUCCUGAUUUAGAACGCUACGUAGACGACUAGACAUGUAUCUGGGAUUUAGAGUUUGUAGCAAUCGACGCUUAUGUU